AGGCUCGCCUCCGGCAUGCUGCCGGGCCUGGGGCUCCCGAGGCCAGGCAUGCUGCCCCCUGGCAUGCUGCCGCUGCCUCCAGGACCCGUGCCCCCGGGCCUGCAGCACGGCGCCAUGGGCCUGGGCGGCGCCCCCGGGGGGCGGCCUCCAGAGGUGGAGGAGCAGCUGGGCCACCUGAGGGAAGACAUGCAGAAGCUGGAGGCGGCGGCCGCAGAUAUGCAGAAGCUGGGCGACGACUCAGGCGCCCGCUUCAAGCUGCUGCUCGCGGGCGAGGUCCGGGACAAGAUCCGGGAGCUGGAGGAAAAGCAUCCGCCGGCUCCGACCGGGCCGCCGCCGGGCUUCAUGAUGCCUGGUCUGGGCAUGAUGCGGCCGCCGAACGGAAUCAGCGCCGGGCUCGGUUUUGCUCCUCUGGUGGAGCUGCCGCAGACGAACUUCACGCAGCAGCAGGCUCUCCUCUACGAGGCGGAGAAGGCGAAUUCCCACAAGAUGGAGCCGGAGGUCAUGGAGUUGAUCGACCACUUCGCCCUGAGCGACAGGCAUGCGAGGAUGCUCAACGAGCAGAUGAAGAAACGCAACGAUACCUUCGAUGACGACCUCAAGGCCCUCUACGAGCUCCUGGGCAAGGCCAACAACCACGCGCAGAAGGCCGACCUUCUCAGCAUCAACAUCCGCUGGAUGGCCGAGGGUGUGUUCAACGGCAUAGAGACGCCGAGCAGAGCCGUCGCGAAGGCGAUGCGGAAGUUCAAGCUGGACGGGCCGUCGUGCUGCAAGCUGGCGGAGGCGCUGGAGGGCCGGACGGACCCCGAGGAGGACAUGAGGAAGAUCAACACCCAUUUGGAGCGCUCUAACAAGCCGUCCUCCCUGUGCAUGAUGAUGCUGAAGGACUCUCGGCUUCUUGCGCUCCAUCUUCAGGCUCUGCCAAGUCAAUUUGAGGGGGAACGAGGGCUCGGGUGCCAAGCCACGGCGGCCUGCCGCUAUUGAGCUCCAGCACUUCGGGAGUAGCCUCAGUCCCAAGUGCUGUCUCCGCGGUAGGGGAUGAAGAGUCAGCCCCUCUUGCUCUUCUUCCUCCUGAUGUUGUUGCUCCUCCUCCCCCAUCCGCCCGCUCGCCCACCUCCCAGAAGUUCCUCACUGCGGCAUGCCGUUGGGGCAUCGGAUGAGGGAUCCCCACCCCUACGGAGGAGAGGUAAAGCCCCCCUUGCGGAGAAGGAGUAGUUACUCCAGGCAUGCUCCUCGCGUCGCGAUGCAGCCACUUGUUGACCCCGUGUGCCUGGAUUCACGUGUUGACAAUUAGCCCUUGAACGUAUGCCCACCUGCGGAUCCGGAGGUUCAAAUUUCACCAGGGCCCCCUUGGGCAUCUUCUUGAGCGGGGACCACCUCCAGGUUCCAGCAAGCAGCACUCGAACUUACAUCGCGCCCUCCAAGAGGCGAGGCGCGAGUGGUUGUCCGUCUUGGGAUGAAUCGUGAUUUGGAUGCAGACCUGCAGGCGCGCAAGAACUAUUGCUAGGGUUCGGCAGCCUCUGAGGAAAUCGGCUGAGGCAAGGGCCAGGAGCAACAGGGCGCGAGGCCUCAUCGUCGAGCGCUGGGGACAUUGGCGCUGAUCAGCUGAUCAGCUCUGUCUCUUCUCGACCACAUCGUGUCCCUC